AUGAUGAGAGCCAACAUCCUACUGGGCGAUACGGACCAACUCGCAGCAAGGCACAGCGCCCAAUCCAUCUGGUUGGCCCUGUUUCAGAAGCAGCAGCAGCAGCAGCAGCAGCAGCAGAACCGGAAAUUCGGCAAGCAGAUCCAGAAGCGCCAGCUCGAGAUUCCCGAGUAUUGGGCCAGCUUUGUCAACUACAAGGCUCUCAAAAAGCUCAUCAAGAAGCUGUCUGCAACGCCGACGUUGCCCCCUCAAAAUGAAACCCACCGCUCCGUCACGCCUGUGGACUCCCAGGCGGCCCUCCAGGCCAACAAGGCCACCUUCUUCUUCCAGUUGGAACGAGAGCUCGACAAAGUAAAUGCCUGCUAUUUGCAAAAAGAAGCCGAGCUCAAGAUCCGACUCAAAACCCUGCUCGACAAGAAAAAGGUGCUGCAAACGCGACAUGGCAUCUCAAGGCGCUCGUCCAAGUUCACCACCUUGCAAGAGGGCUUUCAACAGUUUGCCACAGACCUCAACAAGCUGCAACAGUUUGUCGAGGUCAAUGGCACCGCCUUUUCUAAGAUUCUCAAGAAAUGGGACAAGACCUCCAAGUCCAAGACCAAGGAGCUUUACCUGUCCCGGGCUGUCGAGGUGCAGCCGUUCUUCAAUGCCACCGUCAUCAGCGAACUCUCGGACCAGGCCACCACGAGCCUACAGGAGCUUGGCGCCUGGUCGGACGGCAUUCAGGUCAACUUUCAGACGUCUGGCCACGUCGUUACGAGCCAACAUUUCGUGGGAACGGACGAGGGUGACGCUGACACGCUACUGCUGGAUACUGUUGUCGCUGGCAACCUCGAAUCAUUGCGGGACCUCCUCAUCAGGAUGCAGUCGGCAAGUGUGGCCGACGAUGGCGAGAGCUCGUUGAUGGACCGCGUCACCCGGACCUUUUUGACAGCCAUUCACGACGCUCCUCGAGAAUCACUGCAGGUGUUGCUCGACACUGGCCUCGUCGACCUUCACUCGUACGAUGAUAUCAACGAGCGCAAUUGUCUGCACCAGGCAACCAUCUACGGCAAACAACAUGUCCUUGAAUGGGGCUUGAAUGCGGGCGUCGCGGCGGAUCGAACCGACGUCUAUGGUCGAGUGCCAUUGCAUUAUGCCUGCUUGCACGGCCGACUCGAAAUGCUCGAGGUGCUACUGAGAUCAAACCCUCGGACGAUUGACCUGAUCGACCACGACAAUUUCACUCCACUGAUACACACCAUACGAAACGGGCAUCUUGAUUGCGUCCAACGUCUCUUGUCCAAGUCGGCGCGGAUCGACCCCGUCUCAGUCUCAGACCACGCACCUCUGAAUCUUGCCUGCGAGCACGGAUCGGAACCGGUUGUGGAGCUCCUGCUGAAGCACGGGGCCAAGAUGCUGCCAGAUGCCGAGGGCCUGUUUCCUCAGCACCUAGUGGCGCGAGCCGGCAAGACUUCGCAUCUGCUGUUGCUCCUGAAGCAGUAUGGAGCAGACCUCGACCUAAUCGACAAGCUGUACGGGUGGACUCCUCUCGUGCACGCCGCGAGCGAGGGCAACGUUGACUGCCUCCAGGCGCUACUUAAAGUCGGCGUGGAUGCUCACAUUGUGGACGAGAAAGGCUUACCCGCUAUGUACUACGCAGCUUGGGAAGGCCAUCUCGAAUGCAUGAAGCUGCUUUUCCCCUUCAACGUCCGAUUCACGGCCAGCCCGUUGGUCACGCAGGUGUCGCUUGAGCCGAUGGACGGCAGCAGUGCCCCUGGUCCCAUGUCCUUGGAUCCCGAUGCGAUUCCCGUUCUCGAACUGCCGCCCCCCAUCAUCCCUCUUCGCAGAUACGGCCAUAACUUCCUCGACACCAAGACUGUGGUGCAGAUCAACUUUGAGGAGACCAAGGAACAGCCGCUGAUCUUCUUCCAAGACGGCAAAUAUCCUGCCGCUCGCCUCACGAUCUCCUCCAAGGUGUCGGACCUCAUCCCCAAGAAUAUCAUCCUACCCUUUCAAGAAGAUACCCGCAUCGUUUCCUUUCAAGUCGACAACAUUGACACGUUUUCGCUCGACUUUGACGUCUUCCCCACGUACGGCGCAAAGGUCAUCGCAAAGACGGUGGUGCUACCCAGCGCCUUCAAGUUGCAGCAGGGCAGUUCGAGCUGCUGCCUGCCCCUGUUUGAUCCCCGUCUACGCGCCAUCGGGCAAAUCAGUUUCACCACCCAGGUCAUCAAGCCGUUUCAGGGGCAACCGUUGGAGAUUACCGACUUUGAGACGUAUUGGAAAGCGACGAGCCAGUUCAACCAGCCCACAAGCGCCAUCGUCACGGGAUCAAGCCUCAGCGGGGACUACGUGCGUCUGUUUAUACAGUACACGAGCGACGGCGCGCCUGUCGUCUGGCCACAGUGGACCGUGGCUUGCGGCGGGCUCGAUAUACCCGUGUGCCGGCUGUCGUUGGAACAGUUCCUGGUAAUCACGGCGCCAAACCCGAGCCGCGCUGAGCUGCCGGGAAUUCCGUCCAUGACGGCGGAAAACGUGGGCGACAUCUACCGCAUCUUGGCAACGGCCGGUGUGACGCUCACCGAGGCGUUGUCCGUCCUGCCGCUCGGCGUGCAUGUCAACCUGCAGAUUCUGUAUCCGUCGCCCGAAGAAGAGAAGGCGCUGGCGCUGGGCCCGGCCCUCGACGUCAACGUAUUUGCAGAUUCCAUCCUGACGGCCGUCUUCGACCAUGCGCGUGCCCAGAGAGCCCAGUACCAGUCGCCCGACGUGGCCCGAUCGAUGGUGUUUAGCAGCUACAGCCCCCGCCUGUGCACGGCUCUUAACUGGAAGCAGCCCAACUUUCCCGUGUUCCUAUGCAACGACCUAGGCAGGGAGCAGACGAUCGGGCGGCAGGGCAAUGCGAGGAGGAGCAUGUCGGUCAAGGAGGCGGUGCGAAUCGCGCAAAGCAAUAACUUUAUGGGGCUCAUGUGCCACUCUCAGCUCUUGGAAAUGGUGCCCGCACUGGUCGAUGCAAUCAAGUCGCAUGGCUUGGCGCUCGUCAUGGACAGGUCGACGGACAUGUCGGACGCGAACUUAUCCUCCAUGUCGAUUUCUCAUCCGCCCACGGGUGUGGAUGGCGUCCUCAAAGAUCAUGGCAUCUUACGGUUUAAUGAUUCUAUAGAUAUGUAG